AUGAGCAUAGAAUUUCAUAACAAAAAUGAUUUACAACUCAAUGAAGUUGCACAAACAGCAUUAAGACAUGCCCAUCAAUAUAUCAACACAAUUUCUGAUCAAAACAACCUGCUCGAAACCAAAAUCGAUGAGCAGUCAAGCCGAAUAGCCAAUGAAGCGAUCGAUGAAUUGAAGAAAUUUGUGUCGAUCCUAGAGGGUUUUACCCCAACAAGAGCAAUGCGUUUGAGGAGACGGGUUAAACAAGGUCCUAUACCCAAAAUCAUGGGCAUAAACCCGAAAGAAAUGGUUGAUGUUUCGAUGAAAAACUCUUACCAAUUGAUGUCUUUUAGUCGUGUUCCCACGAAGGGAUUCGACUUCACGAAUGUAAAAACCGAUGGCUUGAUGAAUCGGUCGUAUUCUAAUCCUAUGUUGUGCAUGGAAGGAUCAAAUACAAGUAGUAAACAGAUAAUUAUGCAGACUUCAAUGUCAGGAAUUUUGAGUUUUAGUGAGGAUGUUAGCACAAAAUGUGCUUCUACCAGGACUUGUCAUUGCUCUAAGAAAAGGAAAAGAAGGGAAAAAAGAAGAAUAAGAGUUCCAGCAAUUAGUGAUAAAAUAGCUGAUAUACCUGCUGAUGAUUAUUGUUGGAGAAAAUAUGGGCAGAAACCUAUCAAAGGGUCUCCUCAUCCAAGGAGUUACUACAAAUGCAGCACGUGCAAGGGAUGCCCUGCUAGAAAACAAAUAGAGAGAUGCUUGCAAGAUUCAACUAUGUUGAUUGUUACAUAUGAAGGGGAACAUAGAAAAGCUGGUUACGUGAAAAGGGAAAAUGACGAAUCUAAAGACAAAACAUAUUGCUCGGAGAGGAUGUAUGACAAUAUGUGCACUUUGAUGCGGGGGGCUUUACCUCAACCGAACUCGAUGACAUCUAGUUUUUACGACACAAAAAAUCAAAUAGUGAGGCUUGGGUUGCCAUCAGAGAGGAUUGAUUAUUGCAUUAAUGGAUGUAUGAUCUACUGGGGUCAUACUGCUAAUGCAAGACGUUGUCGUACAUGUUUGACAACAAUGUGGGUCAGAGACGAUGUUGGAAAUAGACGAAUUCCAAGGAAACAAUUUAUAUUUUCCGAUAGGCCCAUGCGUAUAACGGUUGUAUGCGUCUCGAGUUACGGCCGGUGA